ACUAUGAUAGCAGUUGGACUUGGUGUUGCAACUGUUGCAUUUGCAGGUCGUUAUGCUUUCCACCUUUGGAAACCAUUGGAGCAGGCAAUUACAGAGACAGCAAAGAGGAUUUCAACUUCUAGUCUUUCAUCAUACUAUAAAGGAGGAUUUGAACAGAAAAUGAGUAGGCGAGAAGCUAGUCUUAUUUUAGGUAUAAG